AAUCCAAACAUUCCCUUCCCCCUCUCAAAUCCAAAACCCCUGAAACCCUCUUCUUCCCGCGCCCUACUCAAAUCUGCUGCAUCUCCACCGUUUGACUCCACCAAUUCACCAUACUUUCCGGCAGCGAAUAAUAAUAUUGAGGAGAUAUGAGGAAGACGACGUUCAAGGGAGCGAAUGUGUUCAUGUCCAGAAACUUGGUGGCUCCUGAGAUAUUCGACUCGCUUCACGAUGUUCUCAAAGAUAACGGAGCUGAUAUUGUUCUAUGUUGUGAUCCUUCUAGGAAUGGACCUAAUGAUUUCCACAUAAUCUCCUCUCGAGAUCAUGAAAAGUUCAAUGAUCUGCGCCAGAAAGGUUGUAAUUUGCUUGGUCCUCAAUGUGUGUUUUCCUGUGCAAAAGAGAACAGAGUGCUGCCAAAACAAGGAUUCACUUGUUGCCUUGCGAUGGAUGGAGUAAAAAUACUGGCAUCUGGCUUUGAAAUGAAGGAAAAGGAUGAGAUUGGCAAGUUAGUGACUGCUAUGGGAGGUGUGCUGCAAACUAAAGCAUCAUCAGAUGUUAGCUUUGUAAUUGUGAAGAAUGUACUAGCGGCAAAGUAUAAGUGGGCUUUGAACAAUUUGAAGAAACCUAUCGUCUCUGACAGUUGGUUGCACCGGUGCUGGAAGGAGCAUCGUGUUGUUUCUCAUGAGCCUUACCGAACUCUUCCAUUUUCUGGGUUGACAAUUAGUGUCACCCAAGUUCCUUUAGAUGAGCGAAAGGAGAUAGAAAAGCUUGUCCAACAGAAUGGGGGCAAGUACUCUGCUGAACUCACAAGAAAGAGCACUCAUUUAGUUUGUGAUGCUCCUGAAGGUGACAAAUACAAGGUUGCCAAAAGAUGGGGUCACAUUCAUAUUGUUAGCAGGACAUGGUUUAAUCAGUCUGUUGCUAGAAGAGCAUGUCUGAAUGAGGAGUCAUAUCCUGUCCAGAAAACCUCCGUCACAUCCACGAAUAGUCAAAGAACUUCCUCAAAGGUUGUCAAAAAUGCAGAGGGCAGUUCCUAUCAAGAGAUUUCAUGUGACGGGAUGGUAGAUGCUGACCUGGAAGCAACUCUCUCCCAGAAUAUGGCUUCUACUAUUUCAGAUAUUCCUGUCCCUGUCAGCGAUGACAAUACCAGUACACCACCUUGCGUACAGCAUAAAACUUCAUUUAACAUUGAUGCAUGUGUUGCUGAGGACUCUCAGUCUGAAGACAACGAUUUGUAUUUGUUAAACUGUAAAAUUCAUCUUGUUGGUUUUGAUGCUUCUGAAAUGCGGAGAUUGGUCAACAUGGUCCGCAGAGGAGGCGGGUCUCGUUAUAUGUCUCUCAAUGAACAAUUAACACACAUUGUUGUUGGAUCUCCUUCAGAAAGUGAGAAGAAAGAAGUAAGAAGCCUUUCUGCCAUGGGUGUCAUCAAUGUGGUAAAAACAGUAUGGCUUGAGGAUUGUGAACGUGAAAAGAAAGAAAUUUCGGUACUUCGGAGACAUGCUGCUUAUGAUUUGCUCCUCCCAAAAGAUUCCAUAUCCUAUAAUAAGGGGUCUGUAAACGGCAUACCUGGUCUGAAACAAGGGAACCCCUCAACCAUUCAACCGGCCUUUUCAAAUGAUCUGUCCAAAAGUUUGAGUGAGGGCCGACAGAGAACGCAGCAUGUUAUCAGCAACAAAAGCCAGGAAAAAAAAUCAAGUGUAUUUAUAGGCCGAUCAUUUCGCUUUUCCAGUUCAUUCCCAGAUGUUCAAAGAGGUGAAAUUGUGGAUUGGAUUCAUGAAGGGGGCGGUGAGGUGGUGGAUUCUCAGACCAAGAAAAUUGUUGAUUACACAGUUGAAGCCCAUGGUGUUCUAUGCAGACCAACACAAUUAACUGGUGCUACUAAUGUAUCCCCUCACUGGAUUCGGUCAUGUUUACAGGAUGGACACUUGCUAGAUGUUCGCAGUCACCUUCUCUUUUCUCCACUUCAGUGCAAAGUUCCAUUACCUGGAUUUAUCGGGCUUCAGUUCUGUGUAUCCCAGUACGAGGAGAAGGAUAGAGAGCUAUUAAGAAACUUAUGCCAUGUUCUUGGAGGAAAAUUAAUUAAAAAGUUGACCAAAAAAGUCAACUAUCUAAUAUGCAAAUUCUCCGAAGGCCCAAAAUAUGAGGCUGCUUGUCAAUGGGGGAUGCAAACCGUUACAAUCGAGUGGAUCUGGGAGUGUGUUAAACAGAACAAAGUCGUUUCUUCGAGUCAAUUUCUGCCAAAAGAAGCAACCGCGAGUGACCGAGAAUCCGGGAUGUGCACCAUGAGCCAGUACCCAACUCAAGCAGUUCGAAUGAUUUCCGCACCUGGUGAAUCUCAACUAGCAAGUCAACCACGGGAACCCGUAAGUAAGAAUGCCCGGAUUGCUGAUGGUAUCAGCACAAGGAAGGAGGACAAAUAUGCAGCUUUGUGCAGUAAAAAACCAAGACUAUACGAAGAUGGUGUCACGAAAGGUCUACUAUCUUCUGUUUCAGUUCCCAUAACUUCCGUCUGCACGAAUAUCGCUACUGAAAAUGCGGUUACUGAAAAUGGCGCGGAGGUUUCCAAGUCGGUCCCUGAUGUUGCAUCUGCUAUCGAGGAUUUGUUAGAGCAGACAAGCAAGAUUCAUGAUCAGAUGUCACCAGAUAGAACAGCAACCGAUAAAAACGUAUCUGAGCAGGUGUUUACGUCCGAUUGUUCAAGGCUUGGGCAUGAUCUUCAUAGUGAGGAUCCUCAUUCGGCAUUUGGAUUGUCUAAGCACUGGACUGGAAGGUCUAAUGAAAAGGAUGACAUCAGCAACCCUGGAAAAGAAGAAAAUGCCGGCAUUUAUGGAAAUUUUAGUGAAACACAAACAGAAUCUCAGGUGGUGAGCUAUGAAGAAGAUUUAUCUGGGAGGCAGAUGAUUAUAGACAGAGUUCGAACACGAAGUGGCCUCACCCCCAACCCAAACUGAGAUCAGGGUAAAUAUGUUGUACUAGUUUUAUAAAAUACCCACAUCUGACCUGACAACUAGAACUAUAGCUGUUUUCAUAGUUAUUUGAUUUGACAUAAAGUAUAUUCAUAUGUUUCUUCUCCAAAAGUUUGAUAUUUACAACCAAACUACAUCCUAA